GGCGAGGAGGGAGGCGAGCGCAGGAGGUGGCGUCUGACGGGAGGUCGGCAGCGGAAAGGCGGGGAAGGAGUUGCAGGAGCACCAGCCAGCAUGGCAGCGGCUUUAAUGCUCCGCGUCUCCGUCACUUGGCUGCACAGGCAAAGGAGAGUCUGGGCAGAGAGUGUGGCAGUGGUGUCUUCUAGGGCAAUGGCUUCCAAAACGGCUGUUGGCUUCAUUGGUUUGGGUAACAUGGGAACUCCAAUGGCCCAAAACCUUGUAAAACAUGGCUACCCUGUUAUCGCACAUGAUGUAUUUCCAGAAGCAUGUAAAGAAUUUCAAGAGUUGGGCACCCAGGUGACAGAUUCCCCAGCAGAUGUAGCAGAAAAAGCUGACAGGAUUAUUACAAUGCUUCCAUCUAAUCCUAAUGUAAUAGACGUUUAUACGGGCUCCAAUGGAAUUCUUAAGAAAGUGAAGAAAGGUUCUUUGCUAAUAGAUUCCAGUACUAUUGAUCCUGCAGUUUCAAAAGAACUAGCUAAAGAAGCUGAAAAAAUGGGAGCUGUUUUUAUGGAUGCCCCUGUUUCUGGUGGUGUUGGAGCUGCUCGUGCAGGAAACCUUACCUUUAUGGUUGGAGGAGUAGAACAAGAAUUUGACGCUGCAAAGGAACUGCUAACAUGUAUGGGUUCUAAUGUGGUCUAUUGUGGAGAAGUUGGGACUGGACAGGCUGCAAAAAUCUGCAACAACAUGCUAUUAGCUAUCAGUAUGAUUGGAACUGCUGAGACCAUGAAUCUUGGAAUCAGGUUAGGGCUUGACCCAAAGCUGCUGGCCAAAAUCUUAAAUAUGAGCUCAGGCCGCUGUUGGUCAAGCGAUACUUACAACCCUGUGCCGGGAGUAAUGGAAGGAGUACCUUCUGGGAACAAUUAUCAAGGUGGCUUUGGAACAACCCUUAUGGCUAAGGAUCUUGGUUUGGCCCAAAUAUCUGCCACUAAUACCAAAACACCAGUCCCUCUUGGCUCUUUAGCCCACCAGAUUUACAGGAUUAUGUGUGCCAAGGGCUAUGCCCAGAAAGACUUCUCAUCUGUGUUCCAGUUUUUACGUGAAGAGGAGAACUUGUGAAUUUUUACUUUUAUUUUUAUUUGACAAUGGACAAUAUUAGAAACCAAAAGUGUAUUUAGAAUCUCCUGGCAGAUUACUCAAUAAAUACAUGAAUUUAAUAAAAGAUCAUGAAUCAUGAUCUCACCCAUUAAUCUGGGUCACAGAUCCACCUCCAGAAUUUAUUGUCUCUUAUUUGAAAGAGUGUGAGAAACAAUUUUUUGAAAGUAUAGUUGACAAUAACAGGGAACCAUAUAAUAAAAUCAAUUGCACAUGUAUUGGCACACAAGACUCAUAGCACAGUUCUAACGUGUGCAGACAUAACUAUGAUUAAGACAACUAAUGCUGAGCUUCCUAUUUAAAAAUAACAAAGAAUCAAUUAUUAUUACAAUGAAGUCUUGAUAGAUUUUUUUUUAAAAAUCUAACUUUGGCCUAAAUAUAAAUGGUAGGUUUUUUAUUGCUUUAAAAGUGAAAGAUUAGUUAAAAUGUUUGCAGUUUAUUGGAGACCUGCUGGCCAUAUGAUUUUAAACAUUAGACAUAGUUAAACCAACAAUAUAUGUGGGUAUACAUGAUUCAACACUAUCCCUUGCUAACCAGAUUUUACACAUUUUUAAAUCAUUUCCACACAUUUUCCCAGCAUUCAUGUCUACUAAUCUCACUGAUAUCUUGAUAUACUCUGCAUUAUCAUACCUUUAAAUAAAUAUAGUCAAUUAAAUAAAUAUAGUCCAUAAGAUGACAUAUCAUUAGAAGGUAUGUUUGGGUGUUAUUGUUUUCCCCCCAUCUUUUCGUACUUUUCCCAUUAUUUUUGGAUUUUGUGUGUGCAAGGAACAGUUAAGUCCAUUUUAGGUCAUUUAAAUCCAUAUAUAUAACAGCAACUAAUAUCUUCUAAUUUGUAAAGUUUAAUAUCAACAUUAGACUGUCCAAACCUAAUCUUCCAAGCUUUGACCUUUGUACAUUUUUUGUGCUUGACUAUGCAAGUUCUAUACCUCUGUUAUAUAUAGAGAGAGAUUAAACUUCCUUGCAUAAUAGAGGUAUCAAACUUCUGUUUGUUCUAAUGUUCUGCCUGAUCAUUCUAACGUUGGAAUUAAACAUUACAAAUUAGAAGGUGAAUUACUUGCUGUCCCCAUCUAAAACCUGAAACAUUUCGUUUGAUAUAUUGUCAUUAUAAAUUUGUUAAUGAAAUUGUUAACUCUGAAAAGGCAUAUUUAUUAGUUGUUCCCUCAAAAAUGUUGUUUUUUGUCUAUUUAAAGUUACCUGCCCAAUCUUGUACCUUUUUCUAGAGAAUACACAAAUCUCAUAAUGCAGUAACUGGAUACUGAUGAAAUGACUGAAUAUGUAUAAAAACUGUGAAGCUGAAUGAAGCUAUCUACCCUUAAACAUAUGAUUCCUGGACAAAGAGACACCUGUGCAUCACCAGUAAGAUAACUGGCUCCAUUUUCAUACAGACUUCUUCAAUACAACACUUCAGAAUCUUAUUGCUGCAGAUAAAUUGGGCAAAAUCCUGUUGGCAUAAAUUUGCACAACAUAAUUCAGGUCAGGUGCUUGGAAGCAUUUAAUUUCAAGUAAUUAAAAGCUUCCUAUCCCCCACUCUUUAGGUUCCAGCACUCUUUUAGGCUCUAUUUUGCCCUGGGGAAGCCUUUGGAACCUUGGGACAGAGGAAACUUUUAAUAGGAAAAGAAUAGCCACUGGAUCAUCACCAGAAGUCCCAAAUCUGGUAGAGGGAGUCCAGUAAUGUUUAUUUUACAAUUAAAGGCUUUCCUCCACCACUAUCCUGAGGCUCUCAAAGGCUUCCCCAGGGCAAAAGGGAGCCCUAGGCAGCCUCACAACCUUAAAGGAGUAGGUAGAAAACUUAGUUACUUUAAAGUAAAUGCUUCAGUACCCAAUCCAGAUUACUCUGGUAUAAAGUUACACAACAGACCUUUGCCCAGCUAACUUACAAAUAUUUAGAAGAUAGACAUGGUUUUUAAAAAUGAAACAAAUUACACUAUAAAAAAUCAAUUCAACAUUUCAAGCUAUUAAAAAAAAGAUCUAAAACAAUGGAAAAUAAGAGUUUUAAAAGAUAGAAAAAUACAACAUUGCCCAAUUGGCAGCUGAUUGGCUUAACCUGGCAGGUAAUCAUUUGCCAAAUAACCAGCAAAAAGGUCUUUAGGGCUGCUGGUGGAAGGACAACAGGACCAAGCUGGUCUCUGUUGGGAAGGAGUUCAGCUGCUUGGCCACAGUGAUCAAUUUCCUACUUCAUCUCCAUAGUCACCAAAAACUACUGGCUUGCUGUCUCCCAUGGAUAAUUUACUUAAGAGAAUCACUUAUAGAAAUUUGCACUUUGAGAAAAACCAGUCUUACCACAGCUGAUGAAUUACAUGGCCCAUCCUAUAACCUCUCUUUUAUUGAAAACCCCUGAUCUUGUGUGGUGGUUAACAUACCCAACAGGUUUUUUUCUGCCCAUAAUGUUGCUUUUGUGUGUAUUUCCUGCAUUGCAAAUUAUAUAAAAUGUAUUUUGACUUCUAAGAGGACUUAAAUACAGUUAACACUCUUAAAUUA